AUGUUUUCUUACAGGACUGAAUUUGCUCUUAAAGAAAUCAUGUCCUCUGGAGGUGCUGAAGAUGACAUCCCACAGGGAGAGAGGAAAACAGUUACAGAUUUUUGUUACCUUCUGGAUAAAUCUAAGCAACUGUUCAACGGGUUAAGAGAUUUGCCACAAUAUGGGCAGAAGCAGUGGCAGUCUUAUUUUGGAAGAACUUUUGAUGUUUACACCAAACUCUGGAAGUUCCAGCAGCAGCACCGACAAGUCUUGGAUAAUCGGUAUGGCUUGAAGCGGUGGCAAAUAGGGGAAAUUGCUUCUAAGAUUGGGCAGCUAUACUACCAUUAUUACCUGCGCACAUCUGAGACCAGCUAUCUGAAUGAGGCUUUCUCCUUCUAUUCUGCAAUCAGACAAAGAUCAUAUUAUUCUCAAGUCAAUAAAGAGGACAGACCUGAAUUGGUAGUUAAGAAGCUACGAUACUAUGCAAGAUUUAUAGUAGUUUGUCUUCUUCUCAACAAAAUGGAUGUUGUAAAGGAUCUGGUGAAGGAACUCUCGGAUGAAAUUGAAGAUUAUACUCACCGCUUUAAUACUGAAGAUCAAGUGGAAUGGAACCUGGUGCUUCAAGAAGUAGCAGCUUUCAUUGAGGCAGACCCUGUGAUGGUAUUAAAUGAUGAUAAUACCAUUGUUAUCACGUCUAAUCGCCUAGCUGAAACAGGAGCCCCAUUGCUGGAACAGGGCAUGAUUGUGGGACAGUUGUCUCUGGCUGAUGCACUCAUUAUUGGUAAUUGUAAUAACCAGGUUAAGUUCAGUGAACUAACUGUUGACAUGUUCCGGAUGUUACAAGCCCUGGAAAGGGAGCCAAUGAAUUUAGCUUCCCAGAUGAAUAAACCAGGAAUGCAGGAAUCAGCUGACAAGCCUACCAGGCGAGAAAACCCCCACAAGUACCUGCUCUACAAACCAACGUUCAGCCAACUAUACACAUUCUUAGCAGCAUCUUUUAAGGAGCUGCCUGCCAAUAGUGUCCUUCUGAUUUACCUGUCAGCCACUGGUGUUUUCCCCACAGGUCGUUCUGAUAGUGAAGGUCCUUAUGAUUUUGGAGGGGUACUUACUAACAGUAACCGGGAUAUUAUAAAUGGAGAUGCCAUCCACAAACGAAAUCAGUCCCACAAGGAAAUGCACUGCCUUCAUCCUGGAGAUCUCUAUCCUUUCACAAGGAAGCCCCUGUUCAUCAUUGUGGAUUCAUCCAAUAGUGUUGCGUAUAAGAAUUUCACAAACUUAUUUGGACAGCCACUAGUCUGCUUGCUUUCUCCUACAGCAUAUCCAAAAGCUUUACAAGAUCAAUCUCAACGAGGUAGCCUCUUCACUCUCUUUUUGAACAAUCCUCUAAUGGCCUUCCUAUUUGUCUCUGGAUUGUCAAGCAUGCGUAGAGGCCUAUGGGAAAAGUGUCAAGAAUAUCUUCGAAAAAUCAACCGCGAUAUUGCCCAGCUACUGACCCAUUCACGUUCAAUAGAUCAGGCAUUUCUCCAGUUUUUUGGAGAUGAAUUUCUUCGCUUGCUUCUCACAAGAUUUAUCUUUUGUUCAGCCACCAUGAGGAUGCACAAGAUUUUUCGGGAAACACGAAAUUAUCCAGAAUCAUAUCCACAACUGCCAAGGGAUGAAACAGUGGAGAACCCUCACCUCCAGAAGCACAUUUUGGAAUUAGCAUCCAUUCUAGAUGUGCGAAACGUGUUCCUUGAGAAUACCGUAGAUGACUAUUAAAACAAAAAUCCUCUGUUG